AUGAAGGAUGAACAGUCUGGGUACAAGAAGCGGGCGGAGGAGUCGAAAGAGGCGGGCGUGAAGGAGAAGCGGCCGCCUCGCGGUGGACAGGCCCCGGCGCCGGGUUCGUGGUCGUGGACGUUGAAUUGGGAUUACAUCACGAUUGAUCCGCAGACGAACGAGCUUAUCGAAGAGCCGAGCGCGAAGGAUUGCGCGCGCGCGCGCAUGCUCAUCGGGUCGUGUCCGCGCACGGCGGAGGACGUCGAUCGGUUGGUGGACGAAGCGGGCGUGGAGGCGAUCGUUUGUUUACAGUGUGCGAUGUGUCACUCGGCGAUGGAGAUCGAUUGGCAAGCCGUGCGUAGGCGCGCGCUCGAGCGGGAGGUUAUGAUUGUACAGGUCAGCGUGCGCGAUUUCGACAGGUUGGACCAAGCGAAGAUGUUACCAGAGGCGGUGAGAAAGUUGGCAGCAUUCCAGGCGAUGGGCAAGCGUACUUACGUGCACUGCACCGCCGGUAUCAAUCGCGCAUCGCUCACGGUUGUCGGCUAUCUCACGUUCGUGAAGCAGUUCAACUUGGAAGACGCGCUCCGCGUCGUGCGCACGUGCCGACCGCAGGCGAACCCGUACGUCGUCUCCUGGCAAAUCGCACGCGCGCGUUUGUUAGCGAACAGGGUCGAGGACACGUAUCUAUACACGCAAGUCACCGCCGGGGGUAACUCAUCGAAAGAAGGGGGCGAUUGGAUCCAGCGAGAUCUCGAGCGCGCAGAGAAGGGCGUCAUUGCUGAGAUUUUCAAGCGAGCCAUUGACACGGACCUGUCGAUGUACGGCGCGCUGCUCGAUUUUCCGCGAAAAAAAUAA